AUGUCUCCACACCUGGGCAACAAGCGUUGGUUAGGUAAUGCCAUCCUGUCCCUAGAACGCGGAAGUCUUAUCCGAACUGAAUACUUCUUUGGUCAGAGCUGUGAUCUCGUUAUGCACCUGAUUCAACCUCUUAGUGAUAUCUGCGAGGAAGUGAUUGUCGCUGGGAAAUGGACAUUCCGCAAAAUGCACUUUGCUAUUCCUAGAGGUAGACAGUUUGAAUAG